AUGUUUGCCCGGUCUCUGCUGCGUUUUGAAACGAGCGUGUCUGCUCUACGUGGCAUUGACUUUUUGCGCGAUCGUUUUCUGAACAAGUCCUCGGCCUUCACGAGGAAGGAGCGUGAACACCUUGGUGUUGUGGGUUUGCUGCCUCCUGCGGUGGAGUCUCUAGAUGACCAGGUGGAGCGGGUCUGGAAACAGUUUAAGCUGCUUAGCUUCCCCAUCAAUCGAUACCAGCUGCUGCGCAGUAUUAUGGACACGAACGUGACUAUGUUUUACAAAUUUGUAGAAGCACACAUGGAGGAGUCGUUACCUAUCAUUUACACCCCAACGGUGGGUGAGGUGUGCCAGCGGUAUGGCGCCAUUUUCGUGCGGGAUCACGGACUGUACGUGAGUCCACGGGAUAAGGGAAAGGUUCGGCAGUGUUUGCAAAAUCUCCGUAAACCCAACAUCGACAUCAUUGUAGUCACGGACGGCUCUCGCAUUCUGGGCCUGGGGGAUCUUGGUGCAAAUGGCAUCGGUAUCAGCAUCGGUAAGUGCUCUUUGUACGUUGCUGCAGCCGGCAUCAAUCCGAGUCGCGUAUUGCCCGUCAUGUUAGACGCCGGUACGAAUAAUGAGAAACUUCGCAGUGAUCCAGUGUACCUUGGCGUACGUGAGAAGCGCCUCGGCGACGAGGAGUUCUACGCCGUGAUGGAUGAGUUCAUGGAAGCGGCUCGUGCGGAGUGGCCCAACGCCGUCAUCCAGUUCGAGGACUUCAGCAACGACCACUGCUUUGCCAUACUGGAGCGCUACCAGAAGAAGUACCGCUGCUUCAACGACGACAUUCAGGGCACGGGUGCGGUGAUUGCCGCCGGCUUCCUCAACGCUGUGAAGGUAAGUGGUAUUCCUGUGAAGGAUCAUCGUGUUGUAAUUUUGGGUGCCGGAUCUGCUGCAACUGGUGUGGCAGAGGCUAUUGUACAGCUUGUGGCCUUGAAGUUUUCCAUUCCCAUUGAAACGGUGCGAGAGGCGGUAUAUUUGGUGGAUUCGAAGGGCCUCGUCACUACUACUCGUGGUGAUAUAUUGCCGCCUCACAAGGUGCCAUGGGCUCGCAAGGAUAUUGCUCCUGAACUCAACGAAACGCUCUGUACGCUGACGAAUGUGGUGAGUCACGUUAAGCCGACGGCAUUGAUUGGACUGGCUGCAGUUGGUGGUGCCUUUACGGAGGAUAUCGUCAAGUUUAUGUCCUCAUAUUGUGCGCGUCCCAUAUUGUUUCCAUUGUCAAAUCCCACAAUGAAGGCGGAGGUGACGCCGGACAAUGCUUACAAGUGGACAAACGGCACUGCGGUUGUGGCUUCUGGCAGUCCAUUUCCAUCCAGUUUUGUUAAUAAUAAGAUUCUGACCCCGUCGCAGGGUAACAAUCUUUACAUUUUCCCAGGUGUUGGGCUUGGGUGUGCCAUUGCGCAGUCGCCACAUAUUCCGCAGGAAGUAUUUGUCACGGCUGCAGGGGCACUCGGUGCCUUGAUGGAUCCAGAGGUUAUGCGGGCGGAGGGAAAAUUGUACCCACCCAUCGGUGACAUCCGCAACACAUCGAGGCACGUGGCGGUGGCCGUAAUUCAGGAUCUCCAACGUAUGGGCUUGGCAAAGGAGGAUCUGCCGAGGAAAACACCAGAUCUUGUGAAACUGGUGAGCGAGUGUAUGUGGGAGCCACGUUACUUGGAGCCUGAGUACUAUCUAUCUAAGCACGUUGUCUAG